CUUUACACAGCUGAAGUUCUGAUCUGUAAAUACGAGGUUCAGCUGCACCAACGUUCAUGAUCUGUUUUUUUGGGGAACUUAUGAGGAAUAUUUUAGGACAGUUUCUAGUCAGCCGAAGCAUCUCAGUUAGGGGCGCGGUCUGUCUGUGGCUACCUGUUUUUCUGUAGCUGUCAGACUGACGGGAGGACGCAGCGCUCCAUCCACCCACAGCGGCGGAGAUGGCGGACGCGGCGGAGACCUCUAUCAAGGUGGUGUGCCGUUUCAGGCCGCUGAAUAGCUCGGAGGUGGCCCGGGGAGACAAAUACAUCCCGAAAUUUCAAGGAGAUGACUGCGUGCAGAUUGCGGGUAAACCAUACUACUUUGACCGUGUGUUCCAAUCCAAUACAACUCAGGAGGAAUUCUACAAUGCUGUGGCUCAGAAGAUUGUCAAAGAUGUUUUGGAUGGGUACAAUGGAACAAUAUUUGCCUAUGGGCAGACGUCUUCUGGCAAAACACAUACAAUGGAGGGGAAUCUCCAUGACCCAAAUAUGAUGGGUGUCAUUCCUAGAAUUGUUCAAGACAUCUUCAACUACAUUUAUUCCAUGGAUCAGAACCUGGAGUUUCAUAUUAAAGUUUCAUAUUUUGAAGUCUAUUUGGACAAAAUCAGGGACUUAUUAGAUGUAACAAAGACCAACCUUUCUGUACAUGAGGACAAAAACAGGGUGCCCUAUGUCAAGGGCUGUACCGAGCGUUUUGUUUGCAGUCCUGACGAGGUCAUGGACACCAUAGAGGAAGGCAAAAACAACCGAAGCGUGGCUGUCACAAACAUGAAUGAGCACAGUUCCAGGAGUCACAGCAUCUUCCUCAUCAACAUCAAGCAGGAAAACAGUCAGACUGAACAGAAACUCACUGGCAAGCUCUACCUCGUUGAUCUGGCUGGUAGUGAGAAAGUGGGUAAAACUGGAGCGGAGGGCACCGUGCUGGAUGAAGCCAAGAUGAUCAACAAGUCACUGUCUUCACUGGGAAUUGUGAUUUCAGCUCUGGCAGAGGGUUCGAGCUAUGUGCCAUACAGGGACAGUAAGAUGACCAGGAUCCUGCAGGACUCCCUGGGAGGGAACUGUCGCACCACCAUGGUCAUCUGCUGCUCACCCUCCUCUUUCAAUGACUCUGAGACCAGGUCCACGCUGCUGUUUGGACAGAGGGCAAAGACCGUCAAGAACACAGUGUGUCUGAAUGUGGAGCUGACCGCAGAACAGUGGAAGAGCAAGUGGGAGAAAGAGAAGGAGAAGAACAAGACGUUGAAAAACACAGUCACCUGGCUGGAGACCGAGCUCAACCGCUGGAGAGGCGGAGAGAGUGUUCCAGCAGAGGAGCAGUUUGAUAAAGAAAAGGCCAAAGCAGAGGUCCAGGCCCUGGACACUGCACUCAACAAUGAUAAGACACCACCCAAACCUGCCCUCAGCACCCUCCCUGGAGUCAAACUCACCGAUGCAGAGAAAGAGAAGUAUGAGGCAGAGAUGGCCAAGCUCUACAAACAGCUGGAUGACAAGGACGAUGAGAUCAACCAGCAGUCUCAGUUGGUGGAGAAGCUGAAUCAACAGAUGUUGGACCAGGAGGAGCUCUUAUCCUCCUCCCGCCGUGAUCACGACACCCUGCAAACAGAACUAAACCGGCUGCUGGCAGAGAACGAAGCCUCCAAGGAAGAGGUGAAGGAGGUGCUUCAGGCCCUGGAGGAACUGGCAGUCAACUAUGACCAGAAGAGUCAGGAAGUUGAGGACAAAGCAAGAGAAUUCGAGGCUCUCAGCGAGGAGCUGAAUGAGAAAUCGAGCUCCUUGGCCUCCAUUGACUCUGAACUCCAGAAGCUGAAAGAGAUGACCAACCACCAGAAGAAGAGGGUCACUGAGAUGAUGUCAUCAUUACUCAAAGACCUGGCUGAGAUUGGCAUCGCUGUGGGAAGCAACGACAUUAAGCAACAAGAGAGCAGCGGCCUCAUUGAUGAAGAGUUCACUGUGGCCCGUCUCUACAUCAGUAAGAUGAAGUCAGAGGUAAAAACGAUGGUGAAGCGCAGCAGACAGCUGGAGAGCACACAUGCAGAGAGCACCCAGAAGAUGGAGGCAAUGGAGACGGAGCUGACUGCCUGCCAGCUCCGUAUCUCCCAGCAUGAAGCCAAGAUAAAGUCCCUGACGGACUCCCUCCAGAAUGUGGAGCAGAAGAAGAGACAGCUGGAGGAAAAUGUGGAUUCUCUUAAUGAGGAAAUAGUCCGGAUCAAAGCCCAAGAGAAAGUCAACACCAUGGAGAAGGAGAAUGAGAUCCAGUCUGCCAAUGAAGUCAAGGACGCUGUGGAGAGGCAGAUCCAGUCUCACAGAGAGACCCAUCAGAAACAGAUCAGCAGCCUGAGAGACGAGCUGGACAACAAGGAGAAACUCAUCACAGAGCUGCAGGAUCUGAACCAGAAGAUCAUGCUGGAGCAGGAGAGGCUGAGGGUGGAGCAUGACAAGCUCAAGGCCGCUGACCAGGAGAAGAGCCGCCAGCUGCAGGAGCUCACGGUACUACAAGACCGGCGGGAGCAGGCCAGACAGGACCUGAAGGGACUGGAGGAGACUGUGGCGCGAGAGCUGCAAACACUCCACAACCUCAGGAGGCUUUUUGUUCAAGACCUGGCCACAAGAGUGAAAAAGCAGAAUGCUCACAUGGACUCAGAUGAUACCGAAGGCAGCACUGCCCAGAAACAGAAGAUCUGCUUCCUGGAGAACAACCUCGAGCAUCUCACCAAAGCUCACAAGCAGCUGCUACGGGACAACGCUGACCUUCGUGGUGAGCUUCCUAAAAUGGAGAAGCGCCUGCGGGCCACUGCUGAGCGGGUCAAAGCUCUGGAGUCUGCUCUGAGGGAGGCCAAAGAGAAUGCAGCACGCGACCGUAAGCGCUACGAGCAGGAGAUGGAGCGCAUUAAGGAUGCCUUGAAGCCCAAAAACAUGGGAAGGAGACCCUCUGCACAGAUAGCUAAGCCCAUCAGACCAGGCCAGCUGCCAGGAGCCUCUCUCUUGAACCCCAGUGUCAACAGGUCCCACCUCAUUAAGGGAGGAGGCAACAGCAGCUCCUGAGGAUGGAGCACAGUCACCCACAUGAAAAUCCAAAGAAGCAUUCCAAGAUAUUGAACUUGUACCUGGCACCAUUCUCUCAACAAAGUGUGUAUAUAUUGUAUAUAAGUCUGACCUGUAGUGUGAAAUCAAAACACAUUACACUGCCUUUCAAAAUCAACACAAGGUCACAUGUUGUUCUGUUAAUAGCAACUUACAAAUAUAUUAGCUAAAGUGUGCCAACAUUAGUAUGUGUUAGACCUCCAUGGUGUCCCGAUCAUAAGACGACCUGUCAUUCUGUACAGGAAAUAGAAAGCAUGGUCCUGUUUCUCUUUGUCUUUAUGAUUCCUCAGGAGAUUCCUUUGGUUUGAGCACAGACUGCGGAUUGAUUUAAGUGUACUUAAACAUGCACAGGAAUCUCAUCAAUAUUUAUGGUGGUUGCAUGUGGGCAAGAGGCAAACUUGGAAGGGGCAGAGGAAGAUCACUUAGUAACACCACACAUCACUGUUGAUGUGUGGAUGACUGUAGUAAUCAUUCAAAAGUGUAUUAAGGAGACAAUAUUUAUCUGAACAAGUCACUUCAUUGACAACAGCAACAACAGCUCUGUUGUAGCAGCCUUAUUAACCCUCCUGACCUAAGCUAAAUAAGUGCAAUGGUGUCCCAUUAUUGUACAGAAUAAGUUAAAAAUGUGCUAAACUAAAAACUUCUGAAUGGAUCUGUUGUUUUGCUUCUUAAACCAAAGACUUUCAAAUGUUUUGCUACGGUGAGCCUCUAAAUGUGUCUUAUGCUUUUGCUUUUCUCUUUCAUAUAAUGAGUAUAUAUUAUUCAUGACUUCAUGCUGAGAAGAAGUCAUAGGCGCGAUUGUGUAAGUGCCUAUGCAGUUUGUCCAUGUUACAGCAGCACUGUAUGUUUCAAACACACUGUCGUUUUGUGUACUGUUCAGUACUCUAGGGAUAAUAAAUUGAAAUUGGAAACCUUAUUGUGUUUCAUUUAUUUGCCCAC